AUGCCAGCAGAAUCUUUACGUAACAAUGAAUCAAAUAGUAAACGUAAAUUAAAGAAUAAAAUACCAAAACGAUUACGUCGUAAAAAUAAACAAAAUGAUAUUAACAAUGAAGAAAAUACAACAAAUGAUGUUCCAAAGACGGAUCAUAUACCAUUAACAAAACAAAAUACUAUUCAAGAAAAUGCUCUUCGUUCAUCAAACAUUUCACCUUCCAAAAUAGAUAAUAAUCCAGUAGCUGUAUCAAUGGAUGAAACAUCAGUGCAUUAUUGGAAGUAUUGUACGAAGAAAGCAUUGGAUGUUCUUGAAAAACAAGCAUUUAAUCGACGUCAAUUCUUAAUUGAAAGACAUCAAGAACGUAUCGAUAGUAUACAAUGUUUACUUAGUCAACGUGAACAAAUUAAUACAUUAACUGAAGAAAAUCAUUCGAUGUCUCAAUUACUCGAUUCUUUACGUAAUGAAAUACGUACAAAAGAUGAAAAUAUAAAAAGUCUUGAAGAAAAACUUCAUGAUCGUGAUGGUCUUAUUCGUGAUAAUGAAUAUUUACGUGUACAAUUACAAUUAAUCGAACAAAAAUUUCAACGUAUUACUAUUGAAUAUAGUAAAAAAAUGGAAGAAAAUCAUCAACAUGAAGAUGAAUAUAAUGAACGAAUUCAAUCAUUAAUUGAUGAAAUUGAACGUAUAAAACGUGAUCUUGUCUUAGAAGAAUAUCGAAAACAAGAAGCCGAAAGAAAAGUACGUUAUUAUGAAGAUAAAAUAAAAAUUGAACAAAAUUUAAAUAAAAAAAUUCAACAAGAUUUAAGUCAAUUAAAACAAGAAUUAAAAUCAAUUCAUAUUCGAUAUGAUUCAUUACAAAUUGAAAUGCUUGCUAUGCAUAAAGCAAAUAAUAAUGAUAUGUCUUUAAUACCAACAAAAGAUACGAAUGAAAAUGAAUGGCCAAAAAAACGUACAAUCAAUCAUGAUAUUGAUGAACAAUUGGAAGUUAAACGAUCAAAACGAAAGACUCGAGAUCGAACAAUAUCAUCAGCAAGUACAACGAGUAAAAAUCAUCUACCGACAAUGACUCUUACAGAAGCUAGUCCAUCAAAUGAUCAAGACAUAUUAAUUGAAAAAAAUUCAGCACAAUUAUUAAUUCCACCAUCAGCUAGUGCAACAUCGGAUAGUAAUACAUCUAUAACCGAUUCUCAAGAUACAAGCUGUGAAUCACAAACAAUAAGAGCACGAACAAAAAAACAAAGUCGUUAUCCAUGUCGACGCGCACAACGGCCAGUCAAAUUAAUUGAUACUAGUGAUCAAGUAUAA